AUGUAUGCACACCUCUUCCUCUUUCUGUUCACAGGACUGAUUGUUGCAACUCUGGCAAUAUGCUGGAUGCCAAACCAGGUUAGAAGGAUCAUGGCUGCCGCUAAACCAAAGCAGGACUGGACCGUCCCUUACUUCAGAGCGUACAUCACUCUUCUGCCCAUCGCCGACAUCUUCUUCUACCUCAGCUCGGUGGUGAACCCCCUCCUGUACAACAUCUCUUCUCAGCAGUUCCGCAGCGUGUUUCUGCAGGUCCUCCGCUGCCGCCUGACGAUCGAGCAUGCCAACAAGGAGAAGUUUCUCAGAGCCAACCUGAGCUCCAGAGCAAGGAGCAGCCGGUCUCUACGCCCGCUGCUCUUCAUUUCCUCUAGGCGUAGUUCUUCUACAAGGGGCAAUAACAAGGUUUUCUUAAGUACUUUUCAGAGACAGACUGAGCCUGACUGCAGUCCCCAGAAACCAGGUCUUGAACCAUCGGAGCCAAGCUUGGAAGUGGUGCCACUAGAGACUAGCUCGGAGCCCUGUCCUGACGCACAGAAUGGCCUUCAUGAACAUCAAGUAUGA